AUGGCGUUACUAAAGGCAGUAGGGUUCAUGAUUGUCCUUCUGGCUGUGUACUACAGUCUGGAAAAGCAGGGAUACACAGAGUCACUGAAUGUGUUCUUUGAGACUGACUUUGUAAUCGAAGUUACUGUAUCUCUCUCUGACCCUGACCAACUCAAAACGGUUUUGGACACAUUCACUCUUCCAAUACAAAUCAGUGGCUCAUCUGUAAUAACCAACAUUAAGACCACAACAGUGUGUUCACCAGAUGUGGCCGGAUACCAGUGCAGAUGUGAGGAGAACUUUGCUUGGUCAUAUGACAACUGCAUUAGCCAGCAACCCUGUGAUGCCAUCAUUGGUAACACAUGUGGAUGCAUUAAGAGCCUUCCAGACGAUGGCCAGUACUGUCAGCUAAACACCAGUCAACCAGAACCUGUGGAAUAUGAUUUAUCCCUUGAGUUGCGCAUCCCAGUCGCCAGUGUGCCAUCAAAUUUCAUUGAUCUGUUCAGGAACUUCCUAAUAAAUUUGGACUAUCCACAACUCAUCACCAAGUCUUUAAGUGUAACAAGCGUAAAUUUUACCACAGGCUGCUAUCCAAACUCCACCGGAGGACUGUUAUGUCAGUGUGAGGAGCAGUACGGUUGGUCAUGUGACCAGUGUAACACCUACGGCACAUGCAGCAAUACCACCAGUGCAACCUGUAGCUGCAUAAAUAGCAUUCCUUCUAAUAAACAGUUCUGUCAACCACUCACAAGUAUCACGCCAUGUCCAACACCUACUGCAAUGUCCACACCAAUGACAACAACACCAAUGCCAACAACACCGAUGACAACAACACAAAUGCCAACAACACCAAUGCCAACAACACCGAUGACGACAACACCAAUGCCAACAACACCGAUGACGACAACACCAAUGCCAACAACACCGAUGACGACAACACCAAUGCCAACAACACCGAUGACAACAACACCAAUGCCAACAACACCGAUGACGACAACACCAAUGCCAACAACACCGAUGACGACAACACCAAUGCCAACAACACCGAUGACGACAACACCAAUGCCAACAACACCGAUGACGACAACACCAAUGCCAACAACACCGAUGACGACAACACCAAUGACAACAACACCAGCGCCAGUAACCAUGACAACGACGCCAUUGAUAACAACACCGCCAAUUAUGACAACAACGCCAAUGGACACAACAACAACAACAACAGAGGGCACAGAGCCCUUAACGUUUGAACCAACUACAGUAUUUUCUGGGGAGAAUGUGAUUGUGACGUGCGGCCGUCAAGUAGAGAAUCUCAAUCUUGACAGUUUGACUGCAGAGUGGACACGUGACGGCAUCAAAAUAAUCGAAGAUUCUUUACAUACCUUUUCAAUUAAUAAUGGAGAGGCCAAACUAACUGUGUCAAAAGCCUUUGACACUGACAGUGGAGUUUAUGAAUGUGAACUGAAACAAGGCCUAGCGGCUUUCCGACAGAAAUCCAACAGACAAUUUACUAUCCAAGAGACACCCUUGAUCCAAGUGUCGCCGAUCACAAGCACUAUUGAGUGUUCGGUUGGGAAAGUGGUGUCAGUGCAGUGCUCUGUCCAAAGCACCUACACGGUUGAGAUUAUAGGCACAACUGCAGCAGCCUUUGAUUGUCGCAAUGAUCCAGUCUUUGGCAAUGGAACUGAUGGUGACGUGGCUGAAGUUCCCUGCAAGCCAGAUGAAGCGGGAGAACAGACAGCCGUUUGUAGUGGAACUGAGGGUAAAUGGGUCAAUCAACAAAGCAACUGCAUCCUAAAGGCAGUUCAGGAUCUGCUCGAUCAGUCUGAGGACUUGACUAGCCAGUCACUGCCAGGAUUCUUGGAGCGACUUAGCGGUGUUACUCUCAACUCCACAACGGCUGUAGUUGAAUCUGCCAAUAACAUUAAUGCCAUUGUUCAAAUACUAGACAAUGUAGCAGCAGUGUCAUCAUCAUCACAAAUCACAGUAUCUAAAAACUCAAUGCAGGAUGUCCUAUUUGCUGUUGGUGUCCUCACCACAGAUGAGGCAAGGAGUUCAUGGGACAAUCUAAACAAUAACGAAACCAGUCCAGUAACAAGAAGUGGAGUUGAAAGUGCCAGCUCAACAUUAUUGCGUUCUGUUGAGACCAUAACAAACUCCCUUACCAAUGACUCUUUUACCAUUAACACACCCUUUAUUCUCUUGAACAAAACUGCAAUUACAGGGACUUUCAAUGAAGACUUUGAUUCUGCAGUGGUGGUAGACAUACCUGAUGGUGGAAGCAAUAAUAUCACAGUCAUAACAUUUGCCUCAAUGGAUAACGUACUCCCUCCAAGAGUUGAAAACAAUUCAACCAUCAAAUUCAUCAAUGGGAGAGUGGUUCUUCUUCAGUCCAGUAACACCAUCAAUAAUGUAUCAUUCACAUUCGAUAUUACAAAUGACACUCUGGGAAAACCUCAGUGUGUCUUCUGGAACUUCAGUCUCUUCGAUGGUCUCGGAGGAUGGGACGAUGAGGGCUGCGAGUUGGUAUCCAAUGUUAACGAAACUGUCACCUGCAACUGCAACCAUCUGACCUCGUUCUCAAUCCUAAUGUCACCCAACAGUCCAGAUGACCCUGUGUUAGAUAUUAUAUCCUACAUUGGCGUUGGCAUAUCCAUGGCUUCCUUGGUCAUAUGCCUCAUCAUUGAAGCUGUCAUAUGGAGAAAAAUAAGAAGGAACAACACAUCGUACUUACGCCAUGUUUCUAUUGUUAACAUUGCAGUGUCUCUCCUGAUUGCAAAUAUUUGGUUUAUUAUUGGGGCUGCCAUUUCAGAUGCAGACACAGAAAACCCACCAGCAUGCACUGCAGCUACAUUUUUUAUCCACCUUUUCUACUUAGCCCUGUUCUUCUGGAUGUUAGCCUCAGGUCUCCUGUUGCUUUACCGCACAGUCAAUGUCUUUGACCACGGUUUGACUAAAAAGUCUAUGUUGGCUAUUGGAUUCUCUCUAGGCUAUGGGGCACCCUUAAUUAUUGCAACUAUAACUAUAGCUGUAACAGCAUCCAAAGAUGAAUACAUCAGAGGAGAAGGGGUCUGCUGGCUCAACUGGGACGAGUCCAGAGCUCUGCUGGCGUUUGUGAUCCCUGCGCUGCUAAUAGUAGUGAUAAACCUCCUGAUCUUGAUCGUGGUGAUUUACAAAAUGUUGAGGAGAAGGGCAGUUUCUACACAAGCAGAUGACAGGCACGUUCUACUGGUCAUUAUUAGGAGUUUGGCUGUCCUCACACCAUUUUUUGGAAUAACUUGGGGACUGGGAGUCGGAAUCUUGACAAACCCAAACAACAGAGGAAUCCAUAUAUCAUUUGCAUUCUUCAAUUCGCUGCAGGGUUUCUUCAUAUUGGUUUUUGGAACGCUGCUGGACAAAAAGGUGCGGUCAGAACUUGCACCCAAGUCAGCAAGUUCCAGUGCAACAAAGACCACCAGUGCUGGAAACUCAUCAUCAAGUGGAUUGGGUUUUUUCCGGAACUUGAGAAGAGGAGGAAGAGACAUUCAAGACCUGUUAGCAGACUUUGGUCAUCGCAGUUACUCUGUCAAUGCAGUCUGA